AUGGCUAAUGAAGUGAACGGUGAGGAAUUUGAUGAAGAAACAGUUGAGAGAGAAGAAAAUGAGAUCGAGCAGGUACUGGAAGACUUCGUCGACGAGCCUCCUGUACGACACGACGAGUGUCCCUCUAGUGAGGAUGAGGAUGAGAAUGAGGAAAAUGAACCUCGCAGGAAGGCGAAGGCAAAUGUCCUUGUGAAACGCGGUGCUGGAGUACUUUACAAGGGGCAACGUUUCUUGAAUGGUGUUGCUUUCAAGGACUCUAUGCUCGAUUAUGCUCUGAAUACAGGCCGGAAUAUCAAGCAGUACAGAUAUGAUAAGGAUAAGAUUGGGUUCAUAUGUGUUGGUGGUGAAGGAUGUGAAUGGAAAGUGUAUGCGUCCACUCUUCCUAAGGAUAAUGUUUGGAAAGUUAGAGUCUUCAUAGAGGAGCAUUCAUGUAUUCCAAAUGGUGAAUGUGAGAUGUUAAAAGUUCCUCAGAUUGCAAGGCUUUUUGUUGAUAAGAUUAGAGAGGAACCAGAAUACUACAUGCCCAUGAAGAUUGAAGAAUUGGUUCAUGAAAAAUGGGGGUUUACGGUAUCUAGGCCUCAGUGUCAAGCUGCAAGAAACAAGGCACUAAAGUGGAUUGAGUUCGAGAAUGAUCAUAUGUUUGCCCGGCUAAGAGAUUAUGCUGCUGAGUUGGUCCAUUCAAACCCGGAUUCGACUGUGGAGAUUGAGACUGUGACUAACGAAACUGGUCAGGAAGAGUUCAACAGGAUAUUUAUUUGCUUUGAUAACAUCAGAAGGACAUGGAAACAGUCAUGUAGGCAACUCAUAGGAGUCGAUGGAUGCUUCUUAAAGCACAAAGUCAAGGGACAACUUCUUGUUGCAUUAGGAAGAGACGCAGAUAAUGCUAUAUAUCCAAUAGCAUGGAAGGCUGUUCAAGUCGAAAACACAGAAAACUGGUUAUGGUUUGUGAGAAAGCUCAAACAUGACUUGGGAUUGAAUCAGGGACUUGGUUACAUAAUGGUGUCAGAUCGACAAAAGGGAUUGAUAAGUGCUGUUCAGACUGAGGUACCACAGAUUGAACAUAGAAUGUGUGUACGCCAUAUCUAUGGUAAUCUGAAGAAGAAUCAUGCUAGUAGAAAGGAGAUGAAGUCAUUGAUAUGGCAUUUGGCAUGGAGCUAUAACGAGGCUGAGUUCGAACAACGUUUAGAUAGGAUUUUAUGCUAUGAUGCUGGUGUGUAUGAUGAUGUUCAGAAGAGUAAGCCUAGGACAUGGUGUAGAGCCUUCUACAAGCUGGGUAACUACUGCGAAGAUGUAGAAAAUAAUUCUACAGAGUCUUUCAACAACACAAUUUCUAAGGCUAGGGAAUUUGCUUUUGUGCCAAUGCUAGAUGGCAUUCGUAGAUUGGCAAUGGCUCGUAUUGCAAAGAGAUCAGUCAUCUCUCUUGCCCACAAAGGUAUAUGUACACCAUAUGUUACAGACUUUCUUAAGGCUGAGCAUAAAAAUGCAUCGUUGUGCAAGGUUACUAGAAGUACAAAUGGGAUGUAUGAAGUAAAGUUGAGUUCAUGCACUUACCGUGUUAGCUUGGAGAGGAGGACUUGCACAUGCAUGAAGUUCGAUAUCUGUGGCAUUCCUUGCGAGCAUGCUUAUGUAGUGAUGCUGCAAAAGAAAUUAGCCCCUGAAAAUUAUGUGUGUCAGUGGUUUCGCACAUCUACAUGGCGAAGAAACUACAGAGAUGGUCUUAUCCCUGUGCGAGGUGCUGAGUUCUGGCCUAAAACGUCUGCUCCUGAUGUUCAUAUUCCUCCUGAACCGCCUCAACCGGGCCGAAAGAAGAUUAUCAAAGCAGAUAAAAAAAGGAAGAAAGGAGUCAAUGAAUCACCCACAAAGAAAGCCCCAAAGAACAAGAAACGUAUUAUGCAUUGUGGGAUUUGUGGAGAACCGAAUCACAACUCAAGGUUUCACACAAAGCAACAAGCUUCUCAUGGUCCUCCUCGGGUUCCUUCUCAAGUUGCUUCUCCAGCUGCAUCUCAGCAAGUUGCUUCACCUGCUUCUUCAGCAGCAUCUGGUUGUCAUGUUUUGCACGGCUAUGAAGACAUGUGCUGA